AUGGUAAUGUCGAACAGUUCUUUUAGGCGCAGGCAAGGUGCAAAAAGAAAACCAAUCUCUUCGUUCGGCUUGAUACUACCAGUCAUGGCUAACAGUGAUGUGAAGCUUAUAGGGGCAUGGCCAAGCCCUUUUGUAAUGAGGCCAAGAAUUGCCCUCAAUAUUAAAUCCGUGGAGUAUGAGUUUCUUGAGGAAAAACUGGGAUCCAAAAGCCAGCUUCUUCUUGAAUCAAACCCUGUUCAUAAGAAAAUCCCAGUUCUGAUUCAUGAUGGCAAGCCCAUUUGUGAGUCUCUUGUCAUAGUGGAGUACAUUGAUGAGGUUUGGUCUUCUGGCCCUUCCAUCCUCCCCUCUGAUCCUUAUGACCGUGCCAUUGCUCGCUUUUGGGCUGCCUAUAUCGAUGAGAAGUGGUUUCCUGCGAUGAGAAACAUUACAGCAGCUAAAGAAGGGGAGUCACGAAAGGCGUUGAUAGAGCAAGCAGGAGAAGGGAUGGUGCUGCUGGAGGAUGCAUUUGGCAAGUGUAGCAAAGGGAAGGGUUUCUUUGGAGGAGAUCAAAUUGGGUACCUUGACAUUGCAUUUGGUUCCUUCUUGGGGUGGCUGAGAGCCAUAGAGAAGUUGAAUGGAGUGGAGCUGCUUGAUGAAACUAAGACUCCUGGCCUGUUGAAAUGGGCACAACGUUUUUCUUCUCAUCCUCCUGUGAAGAAUGUCCUUCCAGAGACAGACAAGCUUGUUGAGUUUGCCAAGGUUUUGGCCAAAUACAAAGCUGCCGAGUCGACCUCCUAA